CCAACUUUAUUCCAGUGUCCGCGGUCGAGUCUGAUCUCGCGGUCGAGUCUGAUCUCGCGUGAUCUCAGAGACACGUGUACAGGGAAGCAGGAAGUAAAUAAGGCGCUCUUUGGUCGCUUGGUGUCUGCAUUGGCAGUGAAACAGAAUGCUUGCAGACCGCAGUCCAGUGGUGCAGGCUCUGCUGGGGACACUCUUCACCUGGGGUCUCACAGCUGCAGGGGCUGCGCUCGUCUUCAUCUUCUCCGGCACACAGAAGCGGAUCUUGGAUGGAAGCCUGGGCUUUGCAGCCGGGGUGAUGUUGGCAGCCUCAUAUUGGUCCCUGCUGGCCCCUGCUAUUGAAAUGGCAGAAAAAUCUGGGAAAUAUGGGGCUUUUGCAUUCCUUCCUGUUGCUAUUGGUUUUGUCCUGGGAGCAGCAUUUGUUUAUUUUGCUGAUCUGAUGAUGCCGUUUCUGGGUGUUGAGACAGACCCGCAUUUGGCUUUGACCCUGCCUUCUGACGCCAAACCAGUGAAAGCGAAAGUGGAGGACCCUGUAGCCUCAUCCACAACUGAGGAGCUGUCAAUCAGGAUAGGUAGAGGAGGAUCUCAGUCAGAUAAAAUAGAGAAUGGAGAAGUUCACCAUAGAAGAAAAGCAACCCACUCUGGUCAAGUAGCAGAAGAGAAGGAAGUGAGUGCUAGAUCACAGGAAGUAAUUUGUCAAUCGGCAAGCAGCUGGAGACGGAUAGUGCUGUUAAUCCUGGCUAUAACCAUACACAAUAUUCCUGAGGGCUUGGCUGUUGGGGUAGGUUUUGGAGCUGCAGGAAAAACCUCCUCUGCUACAUUUGAGAGCGCCAGAAACCUGGCUAUAGGAAUUGGCAUCCAGAAUUUCCCAGAAGGCCUUGCAGUUAGUCUGCCUCUGAGAUGCUCUGGAAUGUCCAAAUGGCGAGCCUUCUGGUAUGGGCAGCUCAGUGGGAUGGUGGAGCCGGUGGCAGGGUUGCUAGGCGCCGUUGCCGUGGUACUGGCUGAACCGUUGCUACCCUAUGCACUGGCAUUUGCUGCAGGUGCCAUGGUUUAUGUCGUUGUUGAUGACAUCAUACCUGAAGCUCAAGUCAGUGGCAAUGGGAAGCUGGCUUCCUGGACCUCCAUACUUGGCUUUAUUGUGAUGAUGUCACUGGACGUUGGCCUGGGAUAAAGACUUUUUGUUCAUCAAAAAUGACAGAAGGACUUUACUGGUCUUCUGAAAAAGGGACCAAUUGAACCGUCAUAUCAAAAUCAGGGUUAAUUAAUUGGAGAUUGCCUUGGAGUUUCUUUACUCCUCGUUUUAUUAUUGUUUUUUUUGUUGUUGUUUUUUUUAAUGCAUAGGAAACUUGAUAAAUGAAUAACUAAAUACUUGAAUGUCACUUGAAUAAGAGGUUGUGUGAGGUUGUGGUUUGCUUAUUGCAGUCUAUCCGAUGUUUCACAGCCUCAGUAUGAAGAUCGUUUGUUCAUUAAAACUCUAAAUUGUCUUCCUUCA